AUGAAGAUCAAGGCCAUCAGCCGCUCGGUGGCCUCGCAGCAGGCGCCCGGCUCCGACGCAUCGAAGCAGUCCCGCAACCUCGAUUCAGCGCUGCACCCCUUUGAGCGGGCGCGCGAGUACAAGCGCGCCGUCAACGCCGUCAAGCUCGAGCGUAUGCAUGCAUCGCCUUUUGUUGCACAGCUGGGCCGGGGCCACGUGGACGGCGUGUACUCCAUCGCCAAGGACCCCAACUCGCUGGAGCGCUUCGCGAGCGGCAGCGGCGACGGCGUGGUCAAGGUCUGGGACCUGCCGAGCCGCGAGGAGGCAUGGCACACAACGGCGCACGACAACAUCGUCAAGGGCAUGGCGUGGACGCGCGACCAGAAGCUGCUGACGUGCGGAUCGGACCGCACGGUCAAGCUGUUUGACCCGUACCACACGCCGAGCGAGUCGGCGCCCAUCUCAUCCUGGAUGGGCACCGGUGCGUUCACGUCGCUGUCGCACCACCGUGCGCGGGCAGCGUUUGCGGCCGCGUCGAGCGAGAUUUCGAUUUACGACCUGGAGCGGCACACGGCGGCGCCCGAGGUGCUGCGGUGGCCGACGUCAAACGACACCGUCACCGACGUUGCGUUUAACCAGGUCGAGACGUCGAUUCUGGCGUCGUGCGCGACGGACCGCUCCAUUGUGCUGUACGACCUGCGCACCGCGACGGCCGUCGCCAAGACGGUGCUCACAUUUGCCAGCAACCGCGUGGCGUGGUCGCCAAUGGAGGCCUUCAACCUGGCGACAGCGUCUGAGGACCACAACGCGUACCUGUUUGACAUGCGGCGCUUCGACCGCGCCCUCAACGUGCUCAAGGACCACGUCGCCGCCGUCAUGGACGUCGAGUUCUCGCCCACCGGCCAGGAGCUCGUCACCGCGUCCUGGGACCGCACCGUGCGCCUGUGGCACCGCGACCGCGGCCACUCCCGCGACAUUUACCACACCAAGCGCAUGCAGCGCGUCAUGGCCGCCCGCUGGACGCCCGACGCAAACUACCUCUUGACGGGCUCCGACGACGGCAACGUGCGGCUGUGGCGCGCCAACGCCUCGGCCCGUCAGGGCGUCAAGUCGGCCCGGCAGCGCCAGGCCCUCGAGUACAACGACGCCCUGGUCCAGCGCUACGGUCACAUGCCCGAGAUUCGGCGCAUCGCUCGCCACAGACACAUCCCGACGGUGGUCAAGAAGGCGACGGAGAUUAAAAAGGACGAGAUCAAGUCUAUCAAGCGCCGCGAGGAAAACGAGCGCAAGCACACAAAGAAGCAGUUUGAAAAGAGGCAGAGCGAGAGAGAAAAGAUGAUCUUGUCGAGACAAAAGUGA